AUGGUGGCCCUGCGAGCUAGCCAAGCAUCCUUGAUCCCAUCCACAAGCAAGCACAUCUCAAGAACGGCCAGACGAACAUUUUCAAGCUCGAUAGCCAGGAAAUCAUAUGAAGACACAGUACAGAACCUCCGCAUUGGCAAGCACACUCGAGUGAUCUACCAAGGCUUCACUGGUCGUGUGGCGACAGGCAAUGCCAAAGACAGUAUUGCAUAUGGCACCAAUAUAGUCGGAGGCGUGACGCCUGGCAAAGAGGGCGAGCAUCUUGGUCUUCCACUUCUGCCAAAUCUACGGAAAGCAAAAGAGCAGCUCAAGCCUGAUGCUACGGCUGUUUUCGUGGCCGCACCGCAAUGCGGUAAGGCUAUUGAGGAGGCCAUUGAGGCCGAGAUACCGUUGAUCGUUAGUGUUGCGGAGCAUAUUCCACUGCACGAUAUUAUGAGGGUGGCAAGUAUACUGAAGACACAAUCCAAGUCUCGACUCGUGGGAGCCAAUGCGCCGGGGAUUAUAGCACCCAUUGGCUACUGCCGCAUUGGCUUCCAACCACUUCCUACUUUCGCUCCUGGUCACAUCGGCAUCGUUGCCAAGUCGGGAACCUUGUCGUACGAAACCGUAGCAUCGAUCUCUCGCUCUGGCUUGGGCCAAAGUUUGUGCAUAGGUAUGGGCGGCGACAUCAUUGCAGGCACGAACAUGGUAGACGCGUUGAAGGUCUUUGAGCACGAUCCAGAGACGGAGGGUAUCGUGAUUGUGGGAGAGGUUGGUGGUCGAGCUGAGGAAGAUGCUGCGGAGUGGAUCAAGGACUACCUCAAGCGAACUUCCAAGCCAAAGCCGAUCGUCGCGCUUGUUGGUGGAUUGCAUGCGCCUACUGGCAGAAUCAUGGGUCAUGCUGGUGCGUGGGCAGCAGGUGGUGAGAGGUUGGCGAAGGAGAAAUACAGUGUUCUGCAAGAGGCUGGAGCGACCAUGGUCGACCAUCCCGAGAACUUUGGUGGCGUCAUGAAGACACUUUUGAGCCAGAGCGGACGUGACGUGAGCAAGAUCUUGUCCAACGCCCAGAGUCAACAGAAGCGUGGCUACCAUACCUUGCGGAGACGGCCAUCGCCUGUUCCUCGCAGAGCAGUACCUCAACAGCAGCAACGUGGCUUGCUCCUCGGCAAAGACCAAGCUAAGGGCCCUCUAGAACCAUACCUCAGCCAAGUAGAUGGCGUAGCCUUAUCGAGCGAUGCAGCACCCAAGGAUGCUCACUACCUUGCCAUCACCGUCGACCGGACAGAACGCUCGCCUUGCAUAGCAACUUCACCAACAGCAGACGAGUCUCAGCUUGGUCAAAGGGUACGCCGUUUCCCUUACGACUGGCGGCAAGGCCCCAGCGAUGCAACAAUCAAGCAAGCACUCGAGCACAUGCAACUAGAUGCCGCUCCGCCAGCCGCCAUGGCGCAAGCCAGCGCAUUAAUACAAGCUCUGAGCAAGAUGUACAAGGCGAAGGAGGCUGUGACACUUUCUGGUUCAGUCAGUAUUGACAAGAAUGGCAACCUCAGACUCCAUGAGCCGAGCUUAGUGCUGCAGUUCGACGACGCAGCAUAUCGGAGCAAUAAGCGCCAGGAAGAUAUCCACAGCCUACGAAGAAGAGAGAACGAGGUACCAGAGGAAGUCGAAGCAGAGAAGGACGGCAUCGUAUUUAUCAAGCUCGAAGACCCAGAGGCUAGCAUUGGUACCCUGGUAAAUGGUGCUGGGUUGGCCAUGAACACCGUCGACGCGCUCCGGCUACAUGGCGGCAAGGCAACAAACUUCCUCGAUACUGGCGGCAAAGCCACAAGCGAGACCGUGAAGAAGUCCUUUGAGCUCAUCCUUCGCGACCCAAGAGUCAAAGUCAUCUUUGUCAACAUCUUCGGUGGCUUGACAGACGGCGGCAUGAUUGCGGAAGGUAUCCUGCUGGCGUUUAAGGAGGUGGAUAUGAAGAAUGUACCUGUGAUUGUGAGGAUACGAGGUACGAACGAGGAGAAGGGGCAGAAGAUCAUUGCUGACUCUGGAUUGAGCUUGGAAGCCUUUGAUGGUUUUGCAGAGGCCGCGAAGAGGGUGGUCGAGAUCGCAAACAAGUGA